UUUCAUUCUCCGAUCACAGCCUCCAGGCAACUACGUUGAUAAGGGAUACUCGUCCAAACGCUCGUCUGAGCACACGUGUAGUCAUUGAUAGUGAAUUUGUGGAAUUGAGGAUCGUACAUCAUCGGGUCUCGUACACUUACCAAAUGAUUGACCGUCAGGUCAAUCGCCAUGGACUAAUUCGAUCACGUCGGAGAAACCGCGACAAAUGCUCCACGACCGUAUUGCAGCCUCGAAAAACAUAGUGCGCAUUCAUAUACUCUGCGACGAUACUCUCAGUCAGGGUCGUGCCAUCGUCAACACGCCUUGGCAGACACAGGCUUCACAUUAUAGCACCGGUCGCAUACGUGCAACGACCAUAGCUGAGAUGCCUCAAUGGGCAUGGCGACACGACUAUGGGUGCAGAUUCUAUAGACUGGCAGACACUGCGACAAGAAAUUGCGACAACAGAAUACGACACGGCAGUGAUAAGACUUCUUCACUUCCCAGUCAUAGACCGAGAAAGCGAUGAAGUCCGCGAAAUAAAUGUCAAAAGCAAAAAGAUGGUAGUACCUACGGCGUUAGUUAGGUGGUCGGAAUAAAUGGCAGAGUAAAAUGAGAUCAGUGAGCAAGUGCACCAAGGUCAUAAUGGCAGUAUCUACAGCGUUAGUCGUAGGUAAUCGGGAUAAAUGGCAGAGUAAUUAUGGUAUCAGUGGACACGAGCACCAACGUAUAGAUGAGAGUAUCUACCACAUUAGAAGCUCAGGGCGCCCGAAGGUUCCCUCUUGACUUCGCUUCGCUAACCCCUAAGGUAACCGGCCGGU